UCGCAUCCGGUCCCAGGUCAGCUGAUUACAUGCGAGACUCUGCACGACCCCGCGCCCUUUUGUCGCGAUCCAGCUGGAGGCAGCCGGUGAUACUUUGAGUUGCCCGGAGCCCGACGCCUGAGGGCGAGAUGAGCGCGCUGGCCUCCCGAGCCGUCUGGACCUGUGAUCGCUUCUGGAAGCCCGAGCCGGCGCUCCUGCCCCCGGGGUGACGCGCAGUCCCCAGCCGCUCAAACAGAUGGCCCCAGGCCAAGCACCCCAUCAGGCCAUCCCCUGGAGAGAUGCGCACCCCGUCUCCCUCCUGUACCCACUGUUGGGCUUCUUUAGCCGGGCCUGGAGCCUGGUGAGGGGCCCAGGACCUGCAAAGCCAUGGAUGGUGGCAGCAGUAACAGAAGCGGAUCAGGUAGAAGCCAGCCCGCAGGGAGAAGCCAAGGCUCCUCUGGCAGGCUACCGUGUCCCCUGGGGCAGACACGCUCAAGGGGAGGCCGAAGACGGUGGAGCCCCCCAAAAGGACGGAGAAGCAGCCAGCCUGAAAACCAGCAGUUCCCUUCUUGAAGCCUGGGGACUUUCAGAUGGUGAUGAGUAUUAUGAGGAAGAAGAAACCAGUGUCCCUAAAGAGCAGGGACGUGCAUUUACAGAUGGCAAGCCUGCUCCCCUGUCCCCCAGCCUUCUGAUAAGAACCCUGCAAGGUUCUGAUAAGAACCCUGGGGAGAAGAAAUUGGAAGAAGAAGGAGCUGCUGAAGACGAGGGAGUGACCGCGUUCUCUUAUCCUCUGUCGCACCAGGCGCGCUGUGUGGCCGUGGACGGGCAGGGCGAUGGGGAAGCUGUAAACAAUGGAGCCCCCAGAACUUCCCGCCUGUCUCCAGCACCCAAGCCCAGCACCUGGGUGUACUGCUCCAGGGAGGAAGAGGAUCAAGCCACGGAGGAAGAAAGAAGAGAAAGUAAGGAAGCCAAGAAGACCUCCGUUUCCCCCUCACCCGCAGGCUCCAACCCUGAGGCCUGGGAGUUCUGUUCAGGAAAGAAGUCUGGGGACAAGGAUGAAGUGGCACUCAGGGAAGCAACUGAGCAAGGAGACGCUGAGCCAGAGCCACACUCCUCAGUCCCAGCCCAGAGGCCCCUGCUUGGGUCCUGGGAAAAUCGGCCCAGCAAGUGCACAGAGGAGGACGAUGAAGAGGAUAAGGAUGGUGCUCUGGGGGCAGCUGAGAGAGACAGAGCAGUUGAGGGUCCUUCUCCCGUCUCCCCUCCAAGUGCUUUCUUGGAGUCCUGGGUGUAUCGGCCUGGGGAGGACACAGAGGAAGAGGAAGAUGAGGAAGAAGAAGAUAGUGAUUCAGGAUCAGCUGAGGAAGAGGUAGAAGCUAAGGCUUCCCCUGCUAUCCCCCCCACAAGCCCCUUCUUGAAGGCCUGGGUGUAUCGGCCUGGGGAGGACACAGAGGAAGAGGAAGAUGAGGAAGAAGAAGACAGUGAUUCAGGAUCAGCUGAGGAAGAGGGAGAAGCUGAGGCUUCCCCUGCUAUUCCUCCCACAAGCCCCUUCUUGAAGGCCUGGGUGUAUCGGCCUGGGGAGGACACAGAGGAGGAGCAGGAGGAUGAGGAGGAGGAGGACAAAGGAGAUGAUGAAGCAGCUGACUCAGACCCACAUCCCUCCCUUCGGUCCCUCAGGGCCUGGAUAUAUCGACCUGGAGAGGAGACAGAGGAAGAGGAAGCUGCUGAGGAAUGGGGAGAAGCUGAGCCCUGCCCCUUCCGAGUGGCCAUCUAUGUACCUGGAGAGAAGCCACCACCUCCCUGGUCUCCUGCUAAGCUGCCCCUCCGGUUGCGAAGGCAGCUCAAGUUCUCAGAAACCCCCACCCAGGAUCCGGACCCUGAGACUCCCCUAAAGGCCAGAAAGGUACGCUUCUCUGAGAAGGUCACCGUUCAUUUCCUGUAUGUCUGGGCAGGGCCAGCCCAGGCCGCCCGCCGGGGCCCCUGGGAGCAGCUUGCCCGGGAUCGAAGUCGAUUCGCGCGCCGCAUCGCCCAGGCCCAGGAGGAGCUGGGCCCCUGCCUCACCCCUGCUGCCCGGGCAAGAGCCUGGGCACGCCUCAGGAACCCACUUCCUGCUCUGAACCCCAUCCCUGCCCCUACCCAGACCUGGCCAUCCUCCUCUGUCCCUUCUACAGCCACAUCCAGGCCACGCCCUUGAGCCAUGCUGUGGCCACACCCUUUCCCUUCCCUCCUAGUGCAAGCCACAGCUCCCAGCCUGGACCUCAAUGGGAGCUGUGGCUAAGACCAACUGGUUUGCGUGUUAUUUAUUAUUAACUAUUUUUUUAAGUGUUGGUGUAUAUAAGAAAUAAAGCCUUUUGAUUUGUAGUGA